AUGGGCUCUGAAACCACUCUUAAGCUUCCCACCAUAGACUUCUCCAAGGUAGAAUUAAAACCAGGCACUCCUGAGUGGGACUUGGUUAAAGUCCAAGUCCAUGAAGCACUCCAGGAAUUUGGUUGCUUUGAAGCAUUGUUCGACAAAGUUCCCUCUGACCUCCGAAAGGCCAUAUUUGAUGCAUUAGAAGAUCUUUUCAAUCUCCCUCUACAAACCAAGUUGAAAAACUCCUCCAAGAAGCCCUACCAUGGCUACGUUGGCCAGUAUCCGAUGGUGCCACUCUAUGAGAGCAUGGGUAUCGACGAUGCAAACCACCCGGAGAAAGCUGAAAGCUUCACCAAUCUGUUGUGGCCUGAAGGGAACCCAGAUUUCAGCAAAACUAUACAAUCGUACUCGGAGCAACUAUCCGAAUUAGAUCAGAUAAUUCGGAGGAUGGUGUUGGAGAGCUUGGGUGUUGAGAAAUACUUGGAGGAGCACAUAGCAUCAACAAACUACCUUCUUCGAGUCAUGAAAUAUAAAGGACCCGAAUCUAGUGAGAACAAGCUUGGGCUGAAUGCCCACACAGAUAAAAACAUAGUGACCAUAUUGUAUCAGAAUCAAGUUGAUGGAUUAGAAGUGCAGACUAAAGAUGGGGAAUGGAUCAAUGUCAAACCUUCACCAGACUCUUUUACAGUCAUGAUCGGAGAUUCUUUUUACGCAUGGGCGAAUGGCCGGUUCCAUUCACCGUACCAUCGGGUUAUGAUGACCGGGUUCGAGACAAGGUACUCUCUGGGAUUGUUUUCAAUUCCAAAAGCAGGCUACAUAAUAAAGGCCCCAGAAGAGCUGGUGGAUGAAGACCACCCCUUAAUGUUCAAGGCCUUUGAUCAUGUUGAAUUCCUGGGAUUCUACUACACUGAGGCCGGCCAAAAAGCCAAAUCUGCCCUGCAGACUUAUUGUGGUGUAUGA